CGCAAAGGCUUCUCUGCUUGAGUAUUAAAAUUAGGAAAAUGCUUGGAGGCAUAAGUUUUGCUGGCUCUUCAGCUUCAGGGCAAUCACCAAUGGCUUCCAAAUUCACCCUCAUCUACAAAAACUUGCUGCUCGUCUUCUCCUUGUUUUUUGUCUCUCACUCUUUAACAAACGAUACACUUAACCCCGGUGACAUCUUCAAUUCCACCCAUCGCCUUAUUUCCAGAAACGGGCUCUUCACAUUAGGAUUCUCCGGCCGCUACUUGGUCAUAAAUUACACUGACCAAAGUAACUCACCAAAACACCCUGUCUGGUUAGCUAACAGAAACACACCUAUCCUGGAAAAUACAGGACUUCUCACCAUUGAUAAUGGAACUGGGAGCUUGACAAUUGUACAUGAAGGUAGAAAGCCGGUUGAAUUAUACUCCGGUUACAAUAACUCCAGCAGAAACGUAACUGCCAAAUUACAUGAUAAUGGAAAUUUUGUGUUGGCCGAAGCAAACUCUGGUGGGCAGAUAUUGUGGCAAAGCUUCGAUUAUCCCACGGACACCCUUUUGCCUGGUAUGAAAUUGGGCAUCAACCACAAGACAGGAAGGAACUGGUCACUUACCUCGUGGCUAGCUGAAGAUAUCCCAACUCCUGGAGGUUUCACUCUUGAAUGGGACCCCAAGGAACGCCAGGUGAUCGUGAGGCGCCGAGGAGUUGUAUUUUGGACUAGCGGGGUGUUGACUCCUGAUAAUAGAUUUGAAAAUUUCCUUUCUUUGGAUUCGUUCAAUCAAAACUAUAACUUCACCAGUUUUUCAAACCCGGAUGAAGAGUACCUUCUCUACACGCUCUACGUCGAUGAAUGGACACCUGAAUACCGAAGGAACAUUUCCGAGUGGUUUCUAGAUUAUCAGGGGAACAUACAAGAUGGAGGAUGGAGGCCUUUCACUUUGUUUUCUGAGGCUUGUGAUGGGAAUAGCACAGAAUCUGGCUGCAGGAAAUGGGAAGGACCAAAGUGCAGGAUAGAUGGGGAUAAAUUUGCUGUAAGAGCUGGUAGCUUCAGGGAGCCUCAGCCUAGACGCUCUGAUAACAAUACCAGCUUCAUUGACUGCCAAGACUUAUGCUGGAACAAUUGUUCUUGUACUGGAUUCAAGCAUUCGGGCACCUACUGCGCAUUGUUUAGUGGAUCUUUCUAUAACACAGAUUUGAGAGGAGGUGAAUUAAGCUAUUUUAUAAUUAUUCCGGGUCCUCCGCAUAAAUCGGAUAAGACAUGGAUAUGGAUCGUAAUUGCUAUAAUGCUUGCAAUAAUCGCUAUGUUAAUGAGCAUGUUUCUGUACUUCAGGUGGAGAAGAAUUAGACUGGAAGAGAAAUUUCUCAAGGAGCUGAUGACAUACGAUAGAGUAAGGGAUGUAGAUGAGCUUGAAAAUGGUGGAAACAGGGGAAACAAUUUAUGCAUAUAUAGUGUUGCAACAAUCAAGGCUGCUACCAAUGGCUUUUCAUUCGACAACAAACUGGGACAAGGUGGUUUUGGACCUGUUUACAAGGGGAGAUUAACUGAGGGACAGGAAAUAGCAGUAAAGAGACUGUCAAAUAGAUCAGGACAAGGGCUAGAAGAGUUCAAAAAUGAGCUUAUUCUCAUAGCUAAACUGCAACACAUGAAUCUUGUGCGGCUCCUGGGUUUCUGCAUCCAAGGGGAAGAGAAAAUGUUGGUCUACGAGUACAUGCCAAAUAAAAGCUUGGACUUUUUCAUCUUUGGUGAUGAAUCAAGAAGGAAAGUAUUAGAUUGGAACAAGCGGUUUAACAUCAUUGAAGGAAUAGCUCAAGGUCUACUUUACCUCCAUAAGUAUUCCAGGCUGAGAAUAAUCCAUAGAGAUUUGAAAGCUAGUAAUAUUUUACUUGACGAGGAAAUGAACCCAAAAAUUUCUGAUUUCGGCAUGGCAAGAAUUUUCAAGGCCAAUGAAUCUGAAGCAAACACCUGCACAGUUGUUGGAACACGUGGCUAUAUGUCUCCAGAAUAUAUCAUGGAAGGCAUUUUCUCCACUAAAUCUGAUGUUUAUAGUUUUGGAGUCCUACUAUUGGAAAUUGUCUGCGGUAGAAAGAAUCAGAACGUUUAUGACCAUGAUCGUCCGCUUAAUCUCGUAGGCUAUGUAUGGGAGCAAUGGCAAGGCAAUGCAUUAGAAAUAGUGGAGCCAACAUUAACAAAUUCAGCUCCUAAAGAUGAAGUUUUGAAAUGCAUCAACGUGGGGUUGCUAUGUGUAGAACAGAGUCCAAUGAAUAGGCCAACCAUGUCAGAUGUUUUAUCUAUGUUAACAAGCGAGGUUCAAGAGCUGCCAUUGCCAAAACAGCCAGCAUUUUAUAUGGGAAGCAGCACUGUAACAGCAAAUUCAAUUAAAAAUCAGAUGGAAAGUUAUACAGUAAAUGGGAUGUCCCUAUCAGAUAUGGAUGGGAGAUGAGGGCAUGACUACUUUGAGCAUGUAUGAAUUAUCUGCAGAUGUUGGUGAAAUAUGCAAAUGGAUGUUAUGAAGUCCUGCAAAUAGUUGCUGGGUUUUGUUUAGGUUCCGCAAUAUGUUAAAUGAAGGCAAGACGAGCUACCCCCAACUCAUCAUGGAGGCUGGUUUUCUUGUGUGUUUAUUCUUCCCCUGGCCUGGGGAACUUUCUCAGCUGCCAGAUGAGUGAAAGACUGAACAUAAGAAUUAUGGCAUCCAUGGCAGGUAGUGUUUGUGACCCCAAACAAUGAUGAACUUUAUACAGUUAUAUCCUUUAUAAAUUGGGUAGAGAAAGAAACAUUAGAACUAUUUGUUUUUUUUUUUUUUUGUAACAAUUAUAUUGAUGAUUUUUUUUUGAAAAAAAAAAUUAUAGCAAAACUUCUUUUCAUUAUUUAAAA